AUGCUCACAGCGCUAAUAAUACUCGCUUUCUUCCUCCCUGCACUGUCUUCCUCAAAUGUGGAAGAUUCAUCGCCUUUCCUAAAAGUGGAAGAUUGCCCCGGCGAUAAUGACUAUCUCAGAGAAUUGGCUGGCUACAUGAAACUGUUCUUGGAUGAUUAUUCAGAUAAAAAGAUGCCAAAGCGCGACUGUAAUUUUAACAUAUCAAGUGCGGAUGUUACUGUCAAGCAUCCUGCUAGAUUUGCGCCGUCAGAUGCCCAAGAUAUCUUACUCGAUUAUGGAGAUCAGCUGCCGGACGGUGACAUGCACUUACCAGAAACAUGGAACUGUUUGCUGUUUGGACAGAUUGUACAGUGCUAUUUUAAAGGCAAUCUCCCAAGAGUUGAACGAGUUGAAUCAGAUGAUUACACUUUACCCCUGGUGGGAUUGGAAGAUAGUGAUCUGGAUAGUAGAGACGAAGGCGAGGACGAAGACGAAAAUUACAGAACCAACGCAGACACGAAUGUAGGCGGUGCACAAGUUGCGGGCGGUGACAGCAUGGGCGGUACAAGGGAUGUGGGCGAUGGCAGCAGAGUCGAUGAAGCAAUCAUUCAUAAAGAAGAAAUUGCCUCAGUAAGAGAAAUAGUGUGA